GACGCGACAGUGAAGUGAGAUCCACUGGUGAAAGAAAUGUGUACUAACACUUCGAAAGCUAGCGAAUUUGGGAUGAGUGAGGUCACCGAAUCUGCACCAGACAGUGAUUCCAGCACUAUUACAUCCCUGGCAGUGGGUAUGAGUGUUGGAAUGAUGGCAGUGGUGAUUGUAGCUUCAGUUACCGUGGUACUGGUAAUAGUACUUGCAGUGAAACUACAGAAGAGUAAACUUAGCAGCAGAGCUACCAAAGACACGGGAAUAAAAGAGCUAGCUGCAACAGAAGACACGGAACUGAACGUAGCAAAUGCUGUUUACAUGUCCCUGGACCCAGCAGAGGCAGUCUGUGAUGACACACUGGCUGGUGACGAGAUUGGCAUAUCUGCUCCAGAGGAGGCUGGGGAGAGGCUCACUCAGAUUGCUCUUUCAACCAGUCCCAAUUAGCUAUUAUGCUUGCUCAGAUGACUAAUUUGUGUGCUAGAAGAACUUAAAUAAAUUUGGAGUGUCUUCUGUGUGUGUCAAGUAGUGUGAUUUUUCGCGCAUGCACAGAG